AUGCCCGGAGCGGGCGUAUUUUGGAAACAAUACCGCGCGGUGCGCCGUGGCCUCCUCCCGCGCCAGCUCGCGCCCGCAGCAGUCGCUGCUCCAGUUCGCGCCACCGCCUCCCGCCGCAGCCCGCUGGAGUUUGCCUCCUCCUUCCCAAUCGAGCGUGGGCACCAAGCCCCCCGAGUGCUCGUCACCCUGGACCCUGGCGCAGAGCCCUGGCAUCACGACUCGGAGGCUGAGACGCUGUCCUGGAGUCACCCAGGAGAGAUGGAGCCACCUCAGUGUGUGGAGGAGCUGGAAGAUGAUGUGUUCCAGUCAGAGGAUGGGGAGCCAGGGACACAACCUGGGAGCUUGCUCUCUGCGGACCUGUUUGCCCAGAGCCAGCUGGAUUGUCCCCUCAGUCGGCUUCAGCUCUUCCCCCUCACCCAUUGCUGUGGUCCUGGGCUUCGGCCCAUAAGCCAGGAAGACAAGGCCACCCAGACCCUCAGCCCAGCUUCCCCAAGCCAGGGUGUUAUGCUGCCUUGUGGGGUGACAGAGGAACCCCAGAGACUCUUUUACGGCAAUGCUGGCUACAGGCUUCCUCUCCCUGCCAGUUUCCCUGCAGGCCUGCCCCUUGGGGAGCAGCCCCCUGAAGGACAGUGGCAACAUCGAGCAGAGGUACAGAUCGCCAGAAAGCUUCAGUGCAUUGCAGACCAGUUCCAUCGGCUUCACAUGCAGCAACACCAGGAGAACCGAGACCGUGCGUGGUGGCAGGUCUUCCUCUUCCUGCAAAACCUGGCCUUGAAUAGAGAAGAAAACAGGGAAGGCGUGGGUCCCUGGUGAGGCUGGGUGGCCCUUGCUGGAUGCAGCACCAGAGUGCAGUCUGGAGCAGGGCAGACAUCUGGAAGGACGGAAGCUAUCUUGUCAAGUUUUGUUAUUUUUAACUUUUGUUUCCUGUUUGUACAUAUAACAUACCCCAGUGAGAUCUCCUUCCCCUGUUCAGAACCUGCACUGGGAAUGGGGGCUUUGGUCAAACACUGUUGAAGGAGAGGCGGCUGUGCCUGCUGGUGGAGUUCCGAAGGCUCUGACGAUGACCAGUUGGUGGUGCUCUCCAGGAAGUAGACUGAGGCUUUCCUACUGAAGCUGGUUAAGAAAUAGGAGGUCAGGUUAGACUCCCAGUGUCACCAAAUGUGUCGGCCUUCCCUCACGCCUGAUGGAAACACAGCUUUAACCCACCAGACCUUGCCCUGGGGCAUCGUGGCUAAGAACAGCAAUGCCUUGGCUAGCCAGCCCUACAUCUGGGUUCCCACUUGGCACAGCCAGUGCCCACCGCAUGGGCUCAGGGAUUCUUAUCCAGACCCGUCACCUCCAGAAGACCUCAGGGAGGGUCGGACUUCUUUAAGAACCUCUCAAAGGUGCCUCAAAAUGGAAUCAAGCUUGACAGGUCUCUAGUCUGACUUGGUCCCCCAUGGAAGCCCCUUGAUUGGUCCCAAGGUGCAAACUACUGCCACCUUUGCUGCCUGGGUGUCAACCGUGUGUGAGCCGAGUUGCUGGUCAACCAUCGUGUUGUGCCCAGGAGCCUGUGCCUUUGUCAGCUGUUUUCAAAAGACCCUGCCAACUACUGGACUGGAUUGGACUACCACCCGCCUCAGCAGCCGCACUUCGAGAUGGGGUGGGUUCACAGGGGAUCCACGGAUCAGUCAGUCCCAGGGUCUGACUCUUGGUUUCCUUGGAAACGUGUACCUCCUCCCCCUUAUCCCCAUUCCUUUCUAGUACCUAGUAGGAUACAGGAAGAAGCUGACACAGUGACUUUGCCAGCCGAAAGGUGACUUUUGAAGUAGCAGACAAUGUUUAGAACAUGGAGCUGGCAGAGCUGGGUACACAUUUCCUAUCUUCCUUCAGCUUCCAGCCAGGCCAGAACCCAGCGGACUCUCAGCUUCCUUCUCUCCCUGCUGUGGUACUCAGGGAGGGGACUCAAAGCGGCUGACCUUCAUCACAGGGUGUCUCCUACCCCGAUACCUGGAGACCAAAUCGUAAUUUUUACAUAUAUAUGGAAAGACAUUGGUGCUAAAGACAAGGCUCAGAGAAAGGUGGCUUCCCCGAGUAAAGAAGACUCUGGGGUCAUGCAAGGAAUUUGCAGGAGGAACUCAGAGUAGAGCAAACUGAACAAGCCCAGUAACUCUCAUUUCUGCAGAGAGGUGGGGGUGGGGCUUCACUCCUGUAGAAGGGCAACUGACCCCCCUGGGUGUGCACAAGGGUAUGAGGGGCUUAUAGAGGCUGAAGUCCAGCCUGUGCUCUGCUCUCUAGGCCGUGUGUUAGGCUGGAUCUGCUCACUUAGGGAUGUCUUUCCUAAUUUACACAGAGGACUGUAUGCACUCACAGCGGGCCUCCUGAGAAGGCCCUCAGAAUACUCAUAUAAGCCUUUGUGUAUUUCUGCUCAGACGAUCUGGAGAUAUUACCUCUUCUUGGUCACAAUCAUUUUCUCAGGGUGUAUACCAUGGCCCAUCUGCUAAGAAGUGGGUUCCUGUUUGCAAGGAGAAAGGACCUAACUAAUGAGUAUGAAGACUGGUUCUGGGGCACACUAACCAUUUUGAAGCCCAGUCUUCUUCUAUCUCUCCCAUGCAGUUUAGAUGUGUGUGGGGGUUUCCACUUUCCGGGAUCAAGGCUAUGACAGGCAGGCUUCUGGUAUGUGCAUGGGACAUGUGCUGUGGUACGUGCGUGCCCCCGCCCCAUAUAGAACCGUGUGCACCAGUCAUCUUUAAACCUCUUAGCAGACUUUCCAUUCAGAGACCUUUGCCAGGUGCAGGCUAAGUGCCCUGUGAUCUGUCCUGAGAACUGAGCCCAGAGUUUGACCUGAACGUUGAGUCUGGGGCCAGGUGGAAACUGGUCGGAAUACACUGUCUCCACUUUGGGCCUAGCCAGGGGCAGACUCACUAUCUUGGGCAAGCCAGGGUGAAAUUUAAACCCUCUUUUAUCUUCCUCCAACCUGAAUCCAGGCUGGGGUUGAAGCUCAAUAGUAGAGAGUGCUUGCCUAGCAGUCAGAAGACCCUUGGAUGGAUCCCCAGGGCUAUAAAAUAGAAAUAAACAAAAAUACCACCCACCACCACCACCACCACAGUAAGCCCUAGGAGGUAGCUGGCAGCCCAGCCCCAGGAGGUAGAGGUUCCCCCUGGCUGGUUGCUUUAAUUGGCCAGUGAUCUCUGCCUGGUAAAUUGGCUUUAUAGUCUUCCAGGCCAGCCAGCCCACCCCUCCCCAUUGCCUCUCUCCAACUCCAGGAGCCUGACUGUCUCUAGUGAGGAGCGGAGAUUCAGAUUUAGAGGGAGGGAAUGUCUGACCUGUGUGAUGACCUGUAACUGGCUGAGGCAGUGGGCUUUUGUGGUGUGCUGGGGAUGGGGGUGGGAGAAAGACUGGAAAACCCAGGGUAGAAAUGCCCUAGAGGGACACAAGCCCACAUUCAGGAGCCAAACUGCUCUCCUAAUUCACAAUUCCCAGUAGGCAUUUCUAGAAGCCAGUGAACAGAUCUGGAAAGGAGCAUCCCCCAUCAAGUUACUGACUCCCCAGUGAGGCUGGGGCAGGCUGGCGGGAGUGGGAGGGGGAAGCUCUCCGCCUGGCCCUGUCUAUUUCAAAGUCUGGCUGCGCUGUGCAGUUGUCCCCAGUGGCCCUGUCUUGCUCAAUCAGAGGUGGAAAAAGAUCACCUCCCGGUGACCUCCCUCAGGCCCCAAGGGAUGGGCUGUGUCCAGAACUAUGUGGCAAAGCUUGUUUCCAGGGCCUAGAGAGGCCCAGCUGGCUUGCCUCGCAGCCUCAACCACAAACCUAAGCCCAACCCUGAGCAUUGUGGGGAGUGGGGUAUUGGGACAGUCUGGCUAGAACCGCCGUCUGCCCCAAGCUUUCCAGGAAAUAGGUAGCGAACUCACUAUGACCAUCCUGGUCAACGAGGAGAAAAGUUCUCUGAGGAGAGUAUUCCGUUCUGGGGACUUGAUAGGGAGUGGGGUACGGGUGCACGGUGUAGCCAAAGCCGUUGGUCUUCAUGGCUCUGCUGGAUUUUGAGGAAUCAGUACUGUGGCUGCCAUCCUCCUGGUGGAGCACACUGGAUCCAUGAAGAUGAGGACCUUUGGAGGCAGGCUAUCCUGGCCUGUUACCCUGGUAGGACAGGGUGGACCAACAGGCAUUCAAAGUUUCCUGGGAUUCCUGAGGGUCAGGGCCUCCAGGGAACAGCAGAACACAGCUGGGCUCUUCCAUGGAUGUCUCGCUUUCACCAAGGUGCUACGAGGUGUGCGGCCUCAGGAUUGCACUGCCCCUCCUACAGAUGUCUGAUGGUCCACCCCAUCUCUGGGUCCGCAGGAACUGACGGGGAGACCCAGUGAGAUGUAGCAUUUCAUUCGUCCCCAGUUUGGUUGCCCUGGGGUCUGGGCAGUCUGCCUUAAGGAGAGGAAUGGGGACCGUUAUUUUUUAACCUGUACAUAAUAUUUGGCUUUGUUGUUGUUGUUCUUCACGUGUAUGCAUACGUGUGUAAAUAUCUCCCUCAUCAACUGGUACAAUUUUUAAUAAAACCAUUUAAAGCAAA